AUGCCCCCCUCUACAAACCAUGCUGACCACGAGACAGUCCACCCUGAGAUGCCCCUGAUGAACGGUUAUCGUGUCUCUGAGCCCGAUUUCCCAGCGAACCAAAAAGCCGCAAUGCAGGUAGAGCGCCACGAUUACGUCGACCUGGCACCCACAACACGCAAGCGCGCACACUCAAUGGAGGGCUUCGACGACAUAUACACCGACAUUGUCGACUAUAUCGUACGCUGCACCCACCGCAUUUGGGAUGAGCGUGAUAUUGGUCUGAUUUAUACUCACUACACCCACAACUGCAUUCUCUAUGGCACCAUGGGCACAAUCUAUGAUCGCGAGUCUGUCGUACGGGAUACCAUCCAGCGCCUCGUCUCUCUCCCCGAGCGGCGCGGUAUGGCCACCCAGGUUCUCUGGAACGGCGAUGACAAAAAAGGUUUCUAUACUUCUCACCUUGUCACUGGCACCGGCCGCCACACCCAGAACGGCCACUUUGGUCCUGCAACGGGAAAGACGUUCAUCUCCCGCACUAUCGCCGAUUGCAUGAUCUACCAGAACCGCAUAUACCGCGAAUGGGUCGUCGCUGAUACCAUGGCCAUCAUUAAACAGCUCGGUCUGGACCCAAACACCUUUGCCUACGAUGCCGCCAAGGCGCUCUUCGACAAGGGAUUUGAGUCCGUCGACAUUGGCGAAAACCGUCGAAUUAUUGGCCAGCAGAAUCCCGAGUGGAAGGUCGAUACCUCCAUCGCCAACAACGAGAUUGAGGCUGAGACCUUGAAGUGGCUACACGAUAUGUGGAACUGCCGCAUGUUCGGCCGCGUUGAGAAGCACUACGCACCUAAUGCGCAGUACCAUGGCCCUAAGAUGGCUGAGCUAUACGGCCCUGCCGCUGUUCUGCACCAGCAUCUUGCUCUCCUCGGAUCCAUCCCCGACGCUGCGUACAUGCCCCAGCACAUCUGCUCUAAUCCAUGCGAGGAGGGCGGUGUUAAGGUUGCUGUGCGUUGGGUUAUGGAGGGCCACCACUUGGGCUUUGGUAUUCUGUCUGAGCUUGGCAAGCCUACCGGUCUGCAGCUUCAGAUUAUGGGCGCAACGCACUACCACUACAAGAAUGGUCGCAUUGUUGAUGAAUGGAAUGUGUAUGAUGAGUUAUCUUUGCUUACUCAGAUUAAGUUGGGCCAGAUGGUGGAGGCGGCGAAAAAUAAGCAGGCGGCGUGA